AUGGUGAAAUAUUUUCUGGGCCAGAGCGUGCUCAGGAGUUCCUGGGACCAAGUGUUCGCCGCCUUCUGGCAGUGGUACCCGAAUCCCUACAGCAAACAUGUCUUGACGGAAGGCAUAGUACACCGGGAGGUUACCCCUGACCAGAAACUCCUGUCCCGGGGACUCCUGACCAAGACCAACAGGAUGCUGCGCUGGGCUGAGCGAUUGUUUCCUGCCAAUGUUGCUCACUCGGUGUACAUCCUGGAGGACUCUAUUGUGGACGCACAAAAUCAGACCAUGACCACCUUCACCUGGAACAUCAACCAUGCCCGGCUGAUGGUGGUGGAGGAACGCUGUGUUUACUAUGUGAACUCUGAUAACAGUGCUGUCCAGGAAUUUGGUCUGGCUCGAUUUAAAAACAAUGUGACCAAGACCAUGAAGGGUUUUGAAUACAUCUUGGCCAAGCUACAAGGUGAAGCCCCUUCUAAGACACUUGUUGAAACUGCCAAGGAAGCCAAGGAAAAGGCAAAAGAGACAGCACUGGCAGCUACAGAGAAGGCCAAGGACCUAGCCAGCAAGGCAGCCACCAAGAAACAGCAGCAGCAGCAGCAACAAUUUGUGUAG